AUGAAGUUAUUCCGUGCAACUUUAGUUCUAUGGCUAAUCGCUAUUUUGCGCGAAGUUUCAGGAGAAGCAGAAACUCUUUUGGAGGAACCGACUGGAUCAGGCCUUUGGUACUGGACUAUCUUUAAAGAAAGUAGAAGCGGAGCAGGGUGGAGUCAUCCUUCAACUAGCUCGUUAACUUAUACAGUCUGCGAUAUUGCUGACAAGAAUGAGGAACCAGAGAACUGGUUAAUGACAGAGUUCAUUAACGUCAAGAAUGUUAAGCGGCUCGAUAUUGAAGUGACCUAUACCCUCCGUAACUGCCCCUUAGCUAAAGUGAAGCUGCCACUUUGUAGAACAAACUUCUCCCUGUAUUCUUAUCAUGCUGAUUACAAGUUUCAUCAUGAACCAACACCAUUAAAUUUCCACAAAGAAACUGUUAUAACUCCAAAAACUCUACCUGUGCCUGGGGAGCUCGCAACCAACAUAUUUCAUUGGUCAGUUUUAACAAAAUCAAAGGGAAUUUAUUUAGCGCUAUUAGACCAAGGAGCUUGCCUGAUAAUAAGAAAAUUUGUUGUGAGAUAUCGUUUCUGCUCUGAAACGGUCCCUUUCAAUGAAACGGUUAGAUUUUCAAGAACAGUUGCUCCAGCAAAUGACAGCAAUUUAACCAAACAAGAAGGAGAAUGUGCAGAUCCUAACUCGAUUACGAAAAACAACAAAAAGUUAUUUGGCGUGUGCCUUAGUAAUGGGGAGUGGAACAUUACAGAUAACUUAGCCUGCCUUUGCAAUUAUGGCUAUGAAUUGACGAAUGGAUCUUUCACAUGCAAAGAGUGUCAGAGAGGCUUCUAUAAGGAUUCUGUUGGUAAUGCAAAAUGUGUACCUUGUCCUGCAAAUUCAGCAUCUAAUACUGACAGAGCUGGUUGCACGUGUAAAGAAGGUUACUACAGAUCAUCUAAUGUGGCAGAUUGUGAAGUCGUGGUAAAAGUACUGAUUAACAUAACCAUGGUCAUCACCAGCGAAAGUUGUACUGAUGGAAAAUACGACAUAUCCUCAUUACUGACGAGACUCGAAGAAGUGAUGGAAGAGGCUUUUGCUGGGAGAUUUGCAGGUUUCAACGGUGUGCAGUUGAAAAAUGACAUUAGGUGUGGAGAUACAACUGUUAACCUAGCACUUAAGUUCAAUUCCAAAACAAAAGAGCAAGAUGUUAUAACAGUACUUGGUAAUGCUGUCAAAGAUAGAAAGCUUGGAGUCAUUAAUGCGAGUGUCGACACUGGAACUACUGAAGCAGGCACAGUAACGCUCCCUGGCAGUACCAAAGGGCGGGUUAUUGUUGGUGCAGUGGUUGGAUCAAUUGCCGCGCUGGCUGUUGCUGCUGGAAUAUUUGUCUUUUUGGUAUGGAAGUCAAGAAAGCGUAACAGCAAUAACUCAAAUGUAAAAAGAGAAAGGACAAACGGAGAUAGAACUGAAGAAAUAGGACUUGUUGUUACUGGACUUGAAAUGGAGGAAGCUUCUCAAAGCCAGCAGUACAUGGCAUUGGAUGAGCAGAAUCGGUCACCUUCCACGACAGAUGCAGGGCGGGCGAAGUGUCCACAACCGAGCCAGUCUGUUACUGAAUACACCUCUCUAUAUUCAUCACCGCGCUGUUGGGAGAUUCCUAAAGAGCUUGUGACUGUAGAAAAGGUCGUUGGUAAAGGGGCUUUUGGUCAGGUUGCCAAGGCAACAGUCAUAGGCCUUCAGGGGAGACCAAAGAAGACGCUUGUGGCUGUUAAGAUGUUGAAAGAUAACGCUUCUGAGUCAGACAGGAAGGACUUGUUGUCCGAACUUCGAUUGAUGAAGGAACUCGAUGCUCAUCCUCAUGUCAUUGAACUUCUGGGAUGUGUCACGAAAUCUGGGCCAUUGAUGGUGUUGAUUGAAUAUGUUCCCUAUGGAGAUCUAUUGGGAUACCUUAGAAAAAGCCGUGGAUUGAAUGAUACUUACUUCGAAGACCCGGAUAUCAAACCAAAAACAAAUCUGACGUCAGAGCAGCUUAUGAAGUUUGCGUGGCAAGUUGCCGAUGGAAUGUCGUACUUGUCAUCGAUACCAAUUAUCCAUCGAGACCUUGCAGCCCGUAAUGUGUUGGUUGGAGCGGGGGAAACGUGUAAAGUGACAGACUUUGGUAUGGCUAGAGAUGUCCAAGAUGACAACAUUUAUCAAAGGAGGUCAAAGGGACGUAUUCCAGUGAAGUGGACUGCUUUUGAGGCGCUGCUCUACGGAAAAUAUUCUACAAAAAGUGACGUGUGGAGCUACGGAGUUCUCCUCUAUGAGAUUUUCACGAUUGGUGGCUCGCCGUAUCCAAAGAUGGAUGGAAGACAAAUUUUAACAUCGCUAGAAGCGGGAUAUAGAAUGCCUCGACCACAACACGUGGAUGAUAAGCUGUAUGACUUUAUGAUAAACUGUUGGAAACACAACCCUAACUUGAGACCAUCUUUUGAGGAUAUGAGGAACACACUGAAAGAAAUGGAAGACCACCAUAAGAGCCUGAUAAAUUUAGAAAAUUACGAUGAUCGACUCUAUGUUAAUGUUGACGAUCUUGCCGAGUAAGCGAUUGCAUCCUCAUGGAGCACAGGAUGGAUUAAUAAAUCUGAGAUUAUAUGCUUUUUUGGAUGAGGUUUUAGUCUUUCAUGUGUUAAUUAAGCAAGUACAGAAACAAAAAAUAACAGCGACGCGAGGCAAAGUAUAGCUUUCACAUAUUUUUAUAUGUAUUUUUUUUUACUUUUAGUCUUGAAAAGACAAACAAUCCUGUUCACAAGUAUAUUAAAGUGGCUACCCAUAAUUUUUUCAUCAGUGUUAUAAAUUUUUUUUUCAGGCUAAGUACCCAUUUUUGUGUAAAAUGUGUCAAAAAAUUAUUGUUUUUCCG